AUGGCCAGCCAGGCAUCGCAGGGAGCAGAUCUUACCACCGCUGCGGCUAAUGCGGCCGCUGCGAAUGCUGCGUCACAGCAGCAUCCAGGCGGAGCACACGCGCAGCAGGUGGCUGGUUACCAGCAGGCAAUGCACAUGAUGCACUUGCAGGGAGGACACGUGGCGAACGCUGGUGCAAUGCCGCAGGGAUACCCUCAACAGAUGCCUGGAUCGUAUCCGAUGUACGCCAUGGGUCCCAUGGGGCCGGUUAUGGUCAACCCUCAGAUGUACGCCGCUUACAUGCAGAACAUGCAACACAUGCACGCCGCUCAAGCUGCCGCCGCUGGUGCCGCCCAGAAACCCGGCGCAUCAGCCGCAGCAGAUGGUGCUUCGGAGGGAGGUUCGGCAGCAGCAGGUUCGGCAGCAGCUGGAGGAGGCAUUGACGCGUUUGCGAGUCUGCUGGGCAGCACGGAUCGUGCUCUGCUGGCGAAAGCAGGGGAGGCUGCGGCGCAGAAGAUGCACGUGCCGUGCCUGGCGCUGCUCCUGGCUCAGUCCCCGGAGGUGCUUCAGGUGCGGCUCCAGGUGGAAUUCCAGGAGGAGGAACCGGAGGAGGAGGUGAAGGAGGAGGAGAGCAAGCAGGAGGGAGAAGCAUCAGCAGCAGCAGAAUCAGUUGCAGCUGCAGAGGCGGUAGCAGCAGCGCCAGGAGCAGCAGCAGGAUCGUCUCUUGAAGCUGAUGCGGAGGAGGAUGAUGACUUUGGUGAUUUCUCAUCUGUCCCGUCUUCCACCGCAGCCCCCACUGCCUCUGCCGAGUCUGCUGCUUCCACCGAACCUGCUGCUUUCGCCGCUGCUCCAGUGGCUUCAGCAGCCGCUGUUCCUGCCGGUGUAUCAGCCGCAACGGCAGGGACAGGGACAGCAGAGGAGGAUGACGAAUGGGGGGAUUUCUCAGAUUCUUUUGCUCCAGCUCCUGCUGCUCCUGCGACCCAGGCGAACCUUCCCCAAGCGGAUGCUUCCCAUACUCUCGCUUCCACUGCACCUGCUCCGGCCCUGGCAUUCGACCCGGAUGACGACUUUGGUGAUUUCUCCUCCUCCCCGGCAGUCCCCCCUGCUGCCUUCGCGCCUGCCGUUGCUGCGCCUGCACCCGCUGCAGCAUCUGGUCUGAGCAUGGCUGCAUCUGCCUCCCCCUUCCCUCCCUCCCAUGAUUCAACACCCCAGUUCUCUGCGCCAGGCUUUGGAGCCUUUGCCCCUCCUCCUGGCGCAUCUGCUGCUGCUCCUGCUGCUCCGCCUCCUGCUUUCGCCCCCCCUGCUGCUGCCCCCACAGCAGCUGUAAACAAGGAGAUCUCGUUUGACGAUGAUGACGACGAUUUUGGGGAUUUUGCAGGGAGUGUUGCUGUGAGUGGGAGUGCGAGCAGCGGGAGAGGGGAUACUGCCGCUACGGGUGCAGUCUCCGCUUCCCCGGAAUUUGUGGGGGUAGACCUCAGCAGCACUGCAGUUACCCCCGAUCCGUCGCUUCGCCUGGAUGACUCGGGUGCAGCGAAUCCGGUGCUGGUGCCGAGUAAUUCAGUGGCAGCAGCAGCAGAAACUGCAGCUCUAGCAGCAGCAAUGUCCGAAACCCAUGCUGCCGCUGCCGCUGCUGCUGGCGGUGCUGCUGGUGCUGAUGGGGUUGCUUCUGCUGCUGCUGUUGGUGUUGCCGCUGGUCCGAUUCCCCUCUCCCUCUUUGGGGAUGACAUGGCAGUUGCUGAGCUGGAGAACGCUGAGCUGUCACUCGGGCCGUUCCCUUCCACUGGCAGCAGCAAGCCAUCAGACCAGGCCACCAGCACAGCCGCAGGCACAGGCAUGGAAGCAGCAGGUGCAGGUGCAGGCACGGAUGCAUCUACCACUGCUAGCGUUGCUGCUGCUGGCGCUGCUGGUACUGGGAAAUCAGGGAACUUGAUGGAUCUUCUGUCGUCCCUCUAUGGAAGCUCAUCUGCAGGCACGGCAGCAGGCACAGGAGCAGCAGGAGCAGCAGCAGCAGGAGGAGGAGGAGGGGCAGGGGGAGCAGGAGCAGGAGGGAGGCUGGAAGGGGGCCGGCUAGGUCAGACGUUCUCAACGGGGCGGGUGCCUUUGGCCAUGGCGUCUGCGGCUGGGUAUGGCGGUUUGUUCGGCCUGCUCUCCCCAGGAACCCCCCCCACAGAUGUGCCUUUAAGGGGUUCAAUGAGUGAACAGGUGGGGCAGAGAGGUGGGGGGAGGGGAGGGGUGGGAGGGUCGCUGUCAGGGGAGAGUGGGGAAGGGUGGGAGGAGCAAGGUGACGGGGUUGCGGGCGGCACGGGUUUGUCCUUUGCUGCAGUGGACAGCGGUGGCAGUUCCACCGGUGGUGGCGGCGGCGACGGUAGCGGUCCUGGCGCUUCAGGUGCAUCCUACCGCAGCAGCGGCCUCCCAGGGGGCGGGCUGCAGGGCCUGGCAGCAGACCACGUGCUGCCCAUAGUGGGGGCUCAACUGGGGGAGGGCGUAUUCACUGCCAGCAUCACUGCCGCCCUAGAGUCCGUCCUUCAGCCCACAGUGAUACGCCUGCCAAACGAAGCUUCCCAGAAGCGGUGGGAGGAGACGCUACAGGAGCUAGCGGAAGGGGCGGAGAGUGUUGCACGGAAUGAGUUUGGGCGGCUGAGUGGGGAGCUGGUGAGGGAGGGGAGGAUGGAGGAGGCGUAUGCGUGCCGCCUGCAUGCUGCAGCGGUGCAGCUGCUGCCUGACUGCCAGGGGCAGUACUCCAUGGCUCUGGGGGAUGGGCGAGUGGAGGCCGCCGCUGCUGUGAGGGAAGAUAUCAAGCUGCUGCCGGAUUGCCAGGGGCAGUACUCUAUGGCUUUGGGGGAUGGGCGCGUGGAGGUAGCAGCGGCAGUGAGGGAAGACAUCAAGCUGCCGUCUGAUUGCCAGGGGCAAUACUCCAUGGCUCUGGGGGAUGGGCGGGUAGAGGCAGCAGCGGCAGUGAGGGAACACAUCAAGCUGGAGUUGCAUCUGAUUCUGCCGGAGCAGCAGCAGAGAGCAAGCCGGGGAGGGACUUGGCCUGCAGGAGCAGCAGCUGCUACAGGAGACAGCAAGCCAGGGAGGGACUUGGUGUCUCUGCGGUGGGACGAGCGGUCGGUGGGGGAGAUGGGGGAGCUGCUGGGGCGCAGCAAGGGAGACGCCAGGGCUGCCGCUUUCGACGGGGAGUUCAAGCAAGAAGAUAUAUGUGAUCUGGUGAGUGCUGAUGGUGGGCAGAGGACUGGGUGGGGCACUGGUGCUCCUAUGUCUCCUCAUGCCAAGCUCCUAUGUCUCCUCAUGCCAAGCUCCUAUGUCUCCUCAUGCCAAGAUCCUAUGUCUCCUCAUGCCAAGCUCCUAUGUCUCCUCAUGCCAAGCUCCUAUGUCUCCUCAUGCCAAGCUCCUAUGUCUCCUCAUGCCAAGCUCCUAUGUCUCCUCAUGCCAAGCUCCUAUGUCUCCUCAUGCCAAGCUCCUAUUUCUCCUCAUGCCAAGCUCCUAUGUCUCCUCAUGCCAAGCUCCUAUGUCUCCUCAUGCCAAGCUCCUAUGUCUCCUCAUGCCAAGCUCCUAUUUCUCCUCAUGCCAAGCUCCUAUGCCGCCCGGGACCUCACAGCAGCACUGCUGGUGCACCGAAGGGCCGUCUUCUGGUACAACAUUCUCUCAGCAGUUUCUGCAGCGGAGGCGGCGUCGUUUGUCCGGUUGUGGGGGGCUGUGGCGGCGCGGUGUGCAGAUGUGCUAGAGGCAGCAGUGGGCGUGAAAGAGAAGGCUGCUGCUGAUGGGGCUGCAACGCUCUCUGCUCUGCUCGAUGCACCCAAAGCACGUGACUAUUUCGCAGCCAUCACCCAGACCUACGGCGUGCUUGUAGUCAUCGCUGCCUGUGCCCAGCUGCACCGACCCUGGCUCUCUGUCAGGCUCGGCACAGGCUCGGCAGGUCCACCGUCAGGUUCGGGUGAAUCUGGCAGCUUGGCAGGUCGGGGUUCUGGGGAGGGGGAGCAAGGGGGAGGGGAUGGGGAGGGCGAUAUUCUAUGGGCGCACCUGCUCAGGGGACAGGCAGCAUGGCAGAAUGGAGGGCUGGAAGCAGUGGCCAAUGAGGUGCUGCCACGUGUCAUGGUGCCGCUGUCAUGGUCGGACGUGGAGAAGGUGCUGGAGGGCGCUGAGCUUGCAGCGGUGCAACGGGCUGCUGAGCUGGCGCUGGAAGGGCGGCAGAGACACAUGGGGCUCGUGGGAGGGUCGGGGACUCUGCUGUGUGCUCUCACCCGGCUGCCCAUCUUUGCCUUCACAUCGGUGGCAGCAGUGGAGUGGUAUGGCCAUCGUUACUUGCUUCCUGUGGCCAACUUCUGGGCGAACCACAUUUCAAAUGCCAGCCCGCUGAUGCUUGUUGCUAGCUAA